CACCCUAAUGCUGAUGAGGUCAGUCGGGGGGGCGGUGGUUUGCUGGGAAGGCGGGGCAGGCUGCAGUACUCGGGUUUCUUCUCUCUCCUGCAGCACAGAGGUGCCUGCUGUAGCACCGGACUCGGUGCGAAGUCGACCGUGCCGCCUAUGUGACAGAGGCAGGGACAGCGGGCGGUUCCCUCAGCAUCCUCGCUCCCGGGGAGGCGGCGGCGGCGCCAGGUGGAAGCAGCUCUGAGAAAUUCUCCCUACGCUUCCUGCUCCCGCUGCUGCGGGCAGCUGUGGCUGCAGGUUCCCGAGUGGCAGUUGUUGCUGGCGGACUCGACUUCUCCCACUCCGUGCGUGGCAGGGGACGGGCGGCUGCGGGUCAGGGGGCUCUUGGGGCAGUUUGUACAGUUGGCUGGAGAGCUGCUGCGCCGCCCGGAGAUGGGAAGGCAGAGCCUGCGCUCGGGCAUCCUCCUGUUGGCGGCUCUGGUGUCUCUAAAAGGCGAGAAGCUGCCAAACUGCGAGGACGCUCGGAAAGUUUUCCAGCUACGGCAGAUCGGCCCCGCCAAGGGGCUGCCGGAGACCCCGCGGGCAGGGGCUGAUCUUCAAGUUUGUACAUCUAAAAAUCUAACGUGUUGUACCAAAAAGAUGGAGGAGAGAUACCAGAUUGUAGUAAAGCAGGAUAUACAACAAGUGCUUCAAACAUCAAGCUCUACUUUAAAGUUUUUAAUAUCUCAUAAUGCAGCUGCUUUUCAAGAAACCUUUGAAAUGCUAAUGAGACAGGCUGAGAAUUACACAAGCAUGCUUUUCUGCAACACAUACAGAAACAUGGCUGUUGAGGCUGCUACUGCUGUUCAAGAGUUUUUUACAGAUGUGGGACUCUUUGUAUUUGGCAUAGACAUUAGUACAGAAGAACUGGUGAACAGAUUUUUUGACACCCUGUUCCCACUAGUCUAUAAUCAUCUGAUUAAUCCUGGUCUAACUGACAUUUCACUGGAAUAUUCAGAAUGCAUUCGAAUGUCACAAAGAGAUAUCAGUCCUUUUGGUAAUGUUCCAAAAAUAGUCAUGGGACAAAUGGGGAGAUCAUUGUUAUCCAGUCGUACUUUCUUGCAGGCCCUCAAUUUAGGGAUUGAAGUGAUCAAUACAACAGAUCAUUUGCAGUUCUCUAAAGACUGUAGCAGAGCCUUACUACGAAUGCAAUAUUGCCCCCACUGCCAAGGAAUGACUUUAAGUAAGCCAUGUAUGGGGUACUGCCUGAAUGUAAUUAGAGGCUGCUUAGCUAACAUGGCAGAAAUUGACCUUCACUGGCGGAGAUAUAUUCAGUCAUUGGAAGAGUUAUCCAGUGCAAUGCAUGGGACAUAUGACAUUGAGCAUGUACUUCUGAACUUUCACUCAAUUGUUAAUGAUGCUGUGACACAAGCUAGUAUCAAUGGACCAAAAGUAACUGAACAGGUAAACAAGAUAUGUGGUCAUCCUGUGAGAAAGACGACAUUGUCCCCAGGUUAUUCUGAUCAGAACAAAGAUAAUCAAGGGAUGAAGAUGCCUGCAAGAGACAAUGAAGAAACACUGGCCAACAGAAGAAAAGAAUUUAUGAAAAGUCUACGGCUGUACAAGACAUUCUAUGGAGGCCUGGCUGAUCAGAUGUGUAUCAAUGAGUUAGCAGCUGCUGAUGGGCUAGCAUGUUGGAAUGGUGAAGAUGUUGUAAAAAGGUACUUUUUCACUCUGUGAUCUAUAAGAACACUUUUUUAUAUUUUUCCAUAUUUAUUUUUUCUCCAAAAUUAUUUCCUGAUGGAGUAACAUUAAAUAUUUGUAUUUUGGUUAAGAACCAUUGCUUUAGGAAAAUCUUCCCCUCUAUCAAGCUUAAAAUACUAAAAUCUGUCCACAUCUUUGUUUUGAGAAAAUAUGACACUUAGUGGUCCUCCAACGUUUUGAGCUACCCAUUUCUAAAGCUCACCUGGCUGGCAUUUGUGUUGGCUAUUGAGAAAAGGUAGGUUUAACAUUUGCAAAAUUAAGUCAGAAGCAGGGGAACAGGAUUUUUGUUUGAGAUUGUGAAAGUUCAAAGCUGGUAUAUUUAAAUGCUCCCUCUAGUAUUUACAGCAUGGCAACAAACUUCAACCAUUCAUUUAAAACUUUAUCUGACUGUAAGGAAUAAAAUAAUCCUUAAUGAAUGUGGUUUCUCAUGAGAGUGCUAAAAGUUAAGAUACUAAGAUAAACUGUUUUAAAGGUGAAACAAAUAAAUUAUUGAACAGUGGCUUGGGAGCAAUCAUUCACUAGCAAUGUUACAGAACUGAUCUUAGCAAACUACCAAGCUCCUGGAAGUAAAUGUUCGGAACCAAUAUAUUUUACCGUUCACAAAACAAAAGCAUUUUGGAUGACAAGAAGGUUUUCAGGAAGCUGUAGUUAAUUCCUUGUGCUCUAUUCUUUCAGUUCCCAAAACAGGCAUACUUUUGAAAAGGAAUACUUGAGGGAGAUUGGGACUGCAGCACUAGCUAAUUCAUUAUAACUAAUGUUUGUCAGUGUCUUCUGUUUUUAAUACCAAACCGAGCUAGUACAA